CCGGCCCGGAACGACGAGGUAGCAGAAAAGGUUCGGGGAAGUCUGAUCCGCGUGUUUAACGGUGGGGGCGUGUCGGCGGGGGAGGCUACCCGGUCCACAUUCGUGGUGUCGGGGUGGCGGAGGCUUGCCGUGAGCCUAUUUCUGCGCGCACCCUGAAACGGAACGGAACGGCGGGCAAGAACCGGCCGGGGCUGGCGAGGUCAGGCUUGGCUGAAGGAUUACCUUCUCAUCUCCCACGGGGCCUGGAAGUUAAAACCCGCUUCGGUCGCUCGUAGAGUCUACUCCCCAAUUCCCAUCUCUUCCUGACCCUCUGGGAGUUUUCCGAGGAACCCAUGGAUACCUCCACAUCUUUGCCUCCCGCACCCACCUCCCUGAUCUGCAACCCAGCCCCACGGACAAUCCAGAUCGAGUUUCCUCAACAUAGCUCAUCCUUGCUGGAAUCCCUGAACCGCCACAGGCUAGAGGGAAAGUUCUGUGAUGUGUCCCUCCUGGUGCAGGGUCGGGAACUUAGGGCUCACAAAGCAGUGUUGGCCGCUGCUUCUCCUUACUUCCAUGACAAGCUGCUUCUGGGGGAUGCACCACGUCUCACCCUGCCAAGUGUCAUUGAAGCUGAUGCCUUUGAGGGGCUGCUUCAGCUCAUUUAUUCAGGGCGCCUUCGCCUGCCCCUGGAUGCUCUCCCUGCCCAUCUCCUUGUAGCCAGUGGCCUUCAGAUGUGGCAAGUAGUAGAUCAGUGCUCAGAGAUUCUUAGAGAACUAGAAAGUUCAGGUGGUGGAAUUUCAGCUCGUGGAGCAGCCUCCUACCAUGCACUUCUUUCCACCACAUCCUCUUCUGGAGGCUGGUGCAUUCGCUCUUCCCCUUUCCAGACCCCAGUCCAGUCCUCUGCUUCUACUGAGAGUCCUGCUUCUACUGAGAGCCCAGUGGGAGGGGAGGAGAGUGAACUUGGAGAGGUGUUACAAAUUCAGGUGGAGGAAGAGGAGGAGGAGGAGGAGGAGGAGGAGGAAGAGGAGGAAGAGGAGGACCAAGGAUCAGCAGCUACACUCUCACAGACUUCUCAACCACAGAGAGUGUCAGGGGGAUUUCCCCGUGCUCGUGGAUCCCACCCAGUACCUGUAUCCACUACUCCCCGCAGGCUUCCAGAGGGUGAGAGUGUAUCACUUGAACCUUCUGCCCCACCUACGGCACUACCCCCCAAAAUCUUCUAUAUCAAGCAGGAACCCUUUGAGCCUAAGGAGGAGAUAUCAGGAAGUGGGACUCAGUCUGGAGGAACAAAAGAGGAGACCAAAGUGUUUCCUGGAGGAGACACUGAAGGGAAUGGGGAGCUGAGGUUCUUACUGCCCUCAGGAGCAGGUGCAACAUCUGGGGGAGGGAGUCCAUCCUGGAAGCCAGUGGAUCUUCAUGGAAAUGAAAUCCUGUCAGGGGGUGGAGGACCUGGGGGAGCAGGGCAGGCUGUACAUGGGCCUGUGAAGCUAGGGGGAGCACCCCCUGCAGAUGGAAAACGCUUUGGUUGCUUGUGUGGAAAGCGGUUUGCAGUAAAGCCCAAACGUGACAGGCACAUCAUGCUGACCUUCAGCCUUCGGCCUUUUGGCUGUGGCAUCUGCAACAAGCGCUUCAAGUUGAAGCACCAUCUGACCGAGCACAUGAAGACCCAUGCUGGAGCCCUGCACGCCUGUCCCCAUUGUGGCCGUCGGUUCCGUGUCCAUGCCUGUUUCCUUCGCCACCGAGACUUGUGCAAGGGUCAGGGCUGGGCCACUGCCCACUGGACUUACAAGUGACUGCUGAGGCCAUGCACUAAAUUGUAGAACAAGAUAGCCACUGCUGCUGAUGCAUACUUAUCCUUCCUUCCCUAGUCCUGGAUCUUGUAAUCAUGCCAAGAGAGUAGAUGUAUUAUGGACUCCUUAUUAUUGAGUAUAGAUCUCAACCUGGCAGAUGUGGAAGCUCAGGUUUCUUACCCCAGAUUUUUAUUAAUCACUCUAUAGAAAAGUGAUUUAUAGGCCACUUGAUCACUUGCCCAUCAUGGACUAUCUUUUUGUAGUGUUGAUACUGUUGAGGAAACCAAAUUUCAAUUAUUUAGUGAGAGACGAGUUAGAGCAAAAUGAAACAAUGAUAAAUGUUUUCUUUAGUUUCCGUGAGGGGGUAAAGGAGCUGGUCUCCAAUGAGGGAUACGUUUAAUUUGGAACGCUAGUAAUUCAGAGACGAAGCUCUAAGCUUUCCUUUCCUUUGUCAUUACUGGAAUGAUGUGAGCAGAGUUCUUUUUAUGUACUCCCCGCCACCUCCUACCCGCAGUGCUAGGGUGAAACCUCAGUCCUUCCACACACUAGAGCAGUGCUCUACCACUGAGCAACACCCCCAGCUCCUGUGUACAUUUUUAUUGUCCUCUUCCAGAAUCAGCUUGUACCUUGCUUUCUCAGCAGUGGACACCUUCCCAAUGUCUUUUUUUUUAAUGUAGGCGAGCCCUUCAACAAGUUGAGCAUUCCAGGUGUCGUUCCUAGAACACUCCUGAAUAGAGGAUCAUCCCCCAGCCCCCUGUGCCUCUUUUGUACCUUUGAUCACCGAUAAUUUGUAUAUUGAUCACAGAUGACAAAUGUGGCGGUGAACUCGUGAGAUGGCAACUAACCUAAAAUGCUCUCAGAGUAGCACCACUCUGAACAUAUUGCCAUGGUCAGAGGGACUCAGGGCCACAACUGCACACUCUGAAGGCUAGAGAACCGUGCAAGGGGAGCUCACCACCUUCUUUUCAUUCUCACAUCUGAGAGCCCUCUGUUGAGAGGUGGAGGCAUAAAUAUUGGAAUGGAGUGGAGGAAGAUUUAACAGUUACUUAAUUUCUUCUAAUAAACUUUGCCCUAAAAUCUAAAGUGA